GUUGCCAUCCUCAUUAAGAAAGCUUGGCCUUAGUUUAGUAAGAAUGACCACUUUCAAAUCAAUUGCCUGUGCAGCUUUGUCCAACAAGGAUCUUGAGCAGUGCAUUAUUAAGCAGGUCAUACUUUUAAAAAUUAGCUAGGAAAAUGGACAAACUCUGCAAGAUGAAAAAAAACCUUGAUGAAAGCUGUUGGUCCAAGUUCUUUGAAGACAUUUUCAAUGUUAAAGAUUUUGAAGGAAUGGCGGCUGCCCUGUCCAACAUUUUUUGAAUUAAUGCAUGGUGCAGCUCUCCAUCCUGGAUGUUCGGAAGGACGAAUCCAGAAAUCCAUAGCACCUGUUUUGAUGUCUGGCUCUAUUCUAAUGCAGUGCCGGAAUAGACUGAUGAAUGCUCUAUAGCACAUUAUGGGAAUAAUUUUGCAUCAGAGUCGAACAAAGAAGAAGGGGUUUAUAAGACUGUCAAAAAUGGGCAUUUGUAUAUCAAAACACACAGUAAAUACAAAGCUCAAAGAGAUGGCAAAAGGGCAUGAUUUACCUGUUUUAACUUGGAAAGAGAAGGUUCAGAAGAUUCAUGACCUCCAUGAAACAACAAGCAUGGACACUACAACAGGAAAUGCCAAUGAUGAUGACUCUUGUCAUGUUCCACUUUGUUGUGUUAAAUCUAAACAAUAUGACAUUGUUGGGGAUAACUGUGACUUUGAACAGCGUCCAACAAUAUACUCCUCAGUUAAGUGUGACAAAGGUACUUUUUGAAUUCGUCCAGUGUUUAUUUAAUACACAAACAAAGACCUAAAGAAUAUACAUUCAGUGUUACAAUAAGUCUAAUUAAGUUAACUAUCCACUACAACAGAGUCUAUUUUUACAGCAUGUUCUACAAAUAGUAGUUGACACGGUACUAAAAUAUGACCUGCUAGCCGAGGUGGCUUACUAGUAAAAUAACAACCAAAAUAUAGGCUUACCCCGACGGUUGGAACUAAAUAUGUCCUAGAGACCUUGCAUGUAUAGUAUGGAUUGUUUAAGUCCUAUAAGAAUCGAUAAUGUGAUAGAACAAAAGGCAAAUUAGCGAGACAAAGCGAUUGCACUCAAGCACAAACAAAAGUGCACCAAACUAUGUCGAACAAUGAAAUAUAAGAUUAAAAACUUACAAGUAACUUACAAGUAACAGGUUAACUUCCAAUGACCAAAAGAUUAGCACAGGAUGGCCUAAUAUAAUCUCUAAAAUCCAGCGAUUCUCGCAUAAAAUGUUAUGAUAAUAAUUCGU